AUGGUGUUGCACGACUACUAUCACUGCCCAGUGGACAGUUUUAUCAUCCGUGCUUCCUCGGUUUUCUGCUUCGACGAGGAUGUGCCAGUGUAUACCAAGAUCGAUGGGCGUGCUCGCGAAUCCGUCAUCAAUGGUUCGGAUGGUAUCUUUUUUCCGUGUGGUGUAAAUGUUGAAAGAAUGAGAUCCGUUACAGGGAUAGAAAUGAAGAUCAGGGAUCCUUUUCAUCAAGGGCAGCGUCGGUGCGAGCUGCAGGAAAUAAUGCAACGUUGGGGCAUCUCCAGAGAGGGGCUCGGGAAAUUGGGAGCUCACCUAGUCCCAGAGCCGGUGUGCAAGUUAUUGCUUCGUGGCAAGUGGCAGGAUCUGCUGUUCAUGAGCAGAUGGUUUAAGGGUCCUUUUGCUAGAAGGGGCUCUUGGGCAGAACAGGCAGGCUUCAGGUUGCCGGAUGCACUCUGGGCGGUUGCAGGGGAACAUGAGACUUUGCAGGGUUUGGAACCUUUAGAGCUCCAACAUCUGCAACAGAUGCUGGACCACAUUCGGCGCUGGAGUCCUGCCAUUCUUGCCCAGUGUGAAACCGAGGAUGCAGCUGCCGGUGAGCAGUUGUUGCUUGAAUCGUUUGCAACAUGGCUGAGGCAACUGCUGACAUACUUUGCUCCACACUUUGCAGAAAAUGCAGCAGACCUUCGGACGCACCUUGGUGAGAGAGAUGCACACCACGGCUUGCAGCGUUAUUCUGAUAGACAGCUCGUCGGCAUGGUGCUGUUUGCUUGGCACUUGCGUGACAGUGUCGGCUUCAAGGAAGUCGCCCCCAGUGCUCUGGAAGCCAUGUUCCCCAAGUUUUUCUCUCUGACGGGUCUCGCUACAGGGAAGGGCAUUCUCAAGCAGAGCAAGACAUUGUUGCGCAGUGCGCAGCUCAGUGUAGAUGUGGCCCUUAUGCUGUUGCGAAGGAAGGGUUUUGAGGAGCGUCCAAAUACUGUAAGAUAUGGCUGGGCCGACAGCUCUCCCAUUGCUCAAGCGGAUUGGAUCAUCUGCAAACACCAAGCAAUUGCCUCGCAAUCAUGCCUGGAGCUAUUCCAGGCAUGUGCUGAGCUCCGCAGCAUCGAGGUUGAUGUUUUGGAGGAAGAAGAGAGGGAGAGGCGAGUUGAACUUUGCCAGCAGCUGCUUGCUGAGAUACGUGUGCACACCCAGCCACCCCAAGCGAUGGCUUUGGGCUUGACGGCGAUAGAAAGUAAAUUGUCGGCUCUUGCUUUCAGCUUCUAUUUGGAGGACAUCUCAAAAAAGUUAUCCCACUGGCCAACUUUCGUCAACGAAUUGUCGAGUUUGGAAGCUUUGUUGUGCAACCGUGAUCGACGUGAAAGGUUUGUGACGGCUUGCAUCCCGAAGGGUGCGGACGAACGGAAUCUUUUCAGUUCCUUUAGUGGAAGCCUGUAUGAAAAACGAUGGGGUGCUGUCAUCAGUUUUCUCGGCAAGCUGAUGCCUCUGCUGGGUGCGUUGACGCAGUAUUGGGAUGCUCAAAAGUUCGUUGCAGGUUAUCAGCAAAGGGAAUCUGCGGAUGAUGAGCAGGCAGGUCAAGGUGCUGCUUCUUUCGUGCCGGCGGCCUUGAGCAAAGCUUUGGAGAGUAGCUUGUUUCAUGUGUAUGCCAGCAUGAUUCUGUCCGUAUUGAACAUUGUUGACGGGCUCACUGCUUGGUUUGAGGGGUGUGCCUGUCAUGAGGUAUUUUCCGAUCCGCACAGCAAAAAGAAGCUGAGCCGUCUUGCUGAGCAAGAGUUCCGAGCUUGUGGCACUCAGCGAACGUGCCCGAUGAAGGGAAAGCGUGCUCCCGAGUUGGCAGCCGGAUGCUUGGACGAGGUGUUUCUGGACUUGUUGAAUAUCUCGCGAGACUCCGUCUUGAAGUGCAUGCGCAUGCACCAGCUCUCCAGCGAGGAAGAGUCGGUGCUUUGGCAAGAUUUUGAGUCCAGCCGAAGCUUUCUCCAGAUGGGCUUGCAGAUUAAAUUCGAUUUUUGGGGCAAAGUUCCUUGGAAGCUUGCUGCACUGUCGCAUCCCGAUCAAGACGUGGCUAGGCAAGCCGCGGGAGAGAUGUUGCAGCUUUCUGACGGGCUUGAUGCUGCUGCUGAUUCAGCCUUGCUGCACCACCCGGUCACAGUGGACUUUCUAGGUGCAGCGAGCCAACUUAGACCAUUGGUGCAAGCUUUUGCUGAUGGCGGGCACAUGGCUGCAACAUUGCAUAAGGAAGCCAGCAAGCUAGCCUUCAUUCCAGUUGUUGAAAGAAGCAUCGAAGCAAAGCAUAGUCUCAUUUCGAGGAGGGUGCAGAAGAAUUGGAGGUCAGGACGCAUCGUCAGCCUCACGUUGCGUGUGCCGGACAUCAAAGCAGAAGUUGCUGCCGAUGCUGAAUUCUUAAAUCGCCUGACAGAAGCUUUUGGACUUGUGAGGGAUCCCCGAAAAGCGGCUCAUCAACUGGGCAUCCAGGACCAUCCAAGCCUGCUGGAUGCAAGCUUUGCCAAGAUGCACAGAAACAAAAUCGUAGGGCUAGUGAAUAAGAUCGUGUAUCGUAGUGACCUUGAAUCAAAGUUUGAAAAGCACAGAAGCGCUCGUGUCGAGCAUGAGGCCCAGGCCAAGAAGCGAGCUCGCCUUGCAGAGCGACAGAUCCGGGACAUAGCAGCACAGGGCGUGCAGCCGCAGCAGCAGCGGCGGCAGGUCGAUAAUUCUUUCGACAGUGUCUUGAGAGUAGCCAUUGCUGAUCAUUUCCAGGUCGUUUCUGAAGCUACCCCUUCAGCAUGCGUUUACAGUUUGAAGAUGGUUCCGUCAGAGCAGGGUUCUUUGCCAGUGUUCCGUGGCCUUGAGUCAGUGCUGUCCCGCAACGUCAAAGACAGGUUUCAGCUUCCAGCCCCAAGUCCCACAUUGCGUUCAGAUGUUGAUGAUGAAACAGAAAUCAAUCAGUCAGAGAUGACAGAUGAUGUGGUUCACUUUCAGGUGCUGCACGGCAAUCCGAGCCGCCUGCGGACGGUGCCUCUGGCGCCAGCUGCAGGAGAACGUUUGCAGAAGGGUGACAUCGCAGUCUCAGUGCAUUUGCCUCUGCCGUGUCCGGAUGGUGCUUGGAAGGAGCUGCUAGAUCGAGACCUGGUGACCGUUCGCCAAGGAUUGCCUCUGACUGACAGCAGCUCUUAUGAGCUUAUGAAGCAGCUGGAGCUUGAUGGUUGGGCGUGGUCGGUGUUGCCUCAAGGACCAGAGCUGAGAAGGCAACUGUGCUAUCGUGCUGGCGACACCAAAACAUGGUAUUGUCCAGCGGGCGCCUUGCCACACAAGUUGUACCUUGUUGCGUUGCUGGAGUGUGCAAGGCUUGAGCUUGAGAUGGUGCCCCACUGGGCUGCUGCCCCGGCCAGAUACUACAGCCGCUUGUUAGAUGGCAAAAGCGUGCCAGCAGCAUUACGGCAGCCUGUCCGUGCUUUGUUGAAUGUCGAUGUCGAUGAUGCAGAGGUCAGACUCCAUGAAGGGGCAUUGCCUGCCUCAGAAGGGGCACCGAGACCGAUGAGUGAACAUGAGCUGGCCGCGGAGACUUUGUCGGAGCAUGGCAGUCAAGACAGCUUGGUCGCCGAACUUGAAGCGUUGAUUGAGCAGGUGCCGGACUCGAACAAUGAGGCACGGGCAUCCUCAAGUGCCGCAGAUUCUGCCUUUGAGGGUCUGCCUCCAGAUCCGGAGUCACGGCCGGUUGUCCCAGUGCUUGCAGACCCCUCGAACUUGCCUGUUGACGUCCCUGUCCCGCCGGCAGGCCCUCCUGUGCGUGUGCGUGGCAAAACGACAGCGGAUGCCCUUCCCGGACAGGUGGAACACUGGGGCGUCUUUCGAAUCAGUCCCGUCGGCCCUGUUGUGCCAGAUGACGAGAUGGAUGCUCAAGCUUCUGCGAGUGCCGCUGUGUCAGAGCCAAUAGCACCGAAGGCCAAAGCAAAGGCCAAAUCAAAACCUGGAGCGAAGCAAGCUCCCAAAGCAAAAGCUGCGGCUGCAAGAGCCGUAGAUGAUGUUCCAGAUGCUGAGCCGGCGAGGUGGCAUCCUUGGCUACAGGGCUCGGGGCCUGAAGAUGUGGAGUUUCAGCGUGCCGGGCCAAGAACCUUCGAGGACGUGAUGCUGUGGGCACGGAACUUCUUGCCAGGUAUGCUUGCUGCUAUGUCUGCCCAGGGAGCACGUGUUCCAAGAGUGCUGGAUAAGUUGCAAAGAACAAAGCUGGUGCUCACAUCCAGCUACAGUGGCAUGGGCGUAGCAGAAAUGUCUGUGCCUUUUCUUCAGGAUGCUUUUCAGGAGCGUGGCGUGAAGCUGAGCGUCCGGUACCAUGCAUCGCGAGAUCAUGAUGAGCUAUGUCGCAAGAUGUUGUUGCAUGCAGAGUUUGGCAGUUCACAAGAAUCACAUGUUUUUGGUGAUAUCUUUGAUUUUGUGACGACUACAUGCUCAACAGAGUUGCUCGAUCUGCAGCAGGAAUGCCAUCAACGUCUCGCGAGGGCUCUGUCAGGUAAGACUGGGCCACAGAAGCGGUCCUUGUCUGUGCAGCAUGGACGCAACUUUGCAGUCAAGGCACUGGGGGUUUUGGGAAGCGCCUCUCCUCCUUAUCAGCAAGGCCACUGUUUCAGGCACCAGAAGGUCUGCCCCUUCUGGCCCCCCAGCAGCAGUGAUGCUUGGCAUGUGGAGAUAGCUGGGUCGACGUGCACACCAUGGUCAAGUUCGGGGAAGCAUCUGGGUUGGUUGGACAAGGAGUCAGUCCCGUGUCUUGUGUGGAUGCAUGCCGUGGCCGGAGUACGUCCUGCCAUUGUGAUCCAUGAAUGCACACCGACCUUUGAUGUGGAGGUCAUGCUACGGUUUUUCCAGGAUGAUUAUGUUGGCUCGUCUCUUGUCUUCGGCCCUCUGGACCUAGGCAUACCUUGCAACAGAUUGCGCCGCUACACAGUUCUGUUGAGAAAGGACCUUUGCGCCAGCCCAAGUCCGAGAGUUCUACUCUUCUCAGAGGAGACGUUCCUGCAGCUAGUGGGUGCACGGGUCGCAUCGUGUGCGGCCAUGUUUCUGAGGGCUACCGCAGAGGAGGUGAGAGAACUAGUGCAGCACAUGGCAGACCAACGACAUGUGGUGCUGCCUCAUGAUACGAGUGAGAGUGCGAUCAAUGCGAGUGCAUUGCUCAGCCCAUGGCACAGGCAGAACCUGCAGAAGUACAAGAGUGCGUUGGCUGGCAAUGCAGAGUUGGAGGGCGCCGCGGAGAUUAUCGUGGACCUAUCCCAAGAUGCAGAUGAGCGGCCCAGGAUGAGCUGCAUGAUGCCGUGCCUCCUUCGCACGUCCUUGCUGUAUGCUCUGAAAGCAAGAAGGCCCUUGACCCCGAGCGAGUGGUUCUGUGUGCAAUGUUUACCCAUGAGUUUGCCAGCAGACAAUGAUUUUGCCAGCUUCGUGCCGUGGCUGCCACACAUGUUGCGGAGCUUGUCACGGAACCAGGCUCAGCAGCUCGCAGGCAACUCUAUGGUGUUGCCAGCAAUGGGAAGUGUGCUACUGGCAGCUGUGCUGUCUUGUUUGUUGUUGGGAACAAACACGAGCAUGAAGCGCGGGCUCUCGGAGUUUGAGCUCGACGUCGAUGCGGAGGGCGACGGUGGUGAGGAGGCUAACCAGCUCGACGAAGAUGGUGUGUUGGUGCCUGCUCCCCCAAAGCCUGCCAAGGGAGAUCGUCAGGCUCGACACAAGUCUCGAAAGACCGGCAAGGGCAUGCGUCUUUGCCGAGCGUGUGGUUGCACGAAGCCUGAGGGUGAGUUCGCGGUGAAUCAGAACAUGGACAUGUCCUGCAAGAAGGCGCUGGACAACAUCAGCAGAAUGGCUAAGCAGCAGGGACCACAUGCCAUGCAGUUCGUCGCUGAGGCGAAAGCAGACCCGACGAAAUUGAGGAAGAUGCUUGACUCCUAUGGAAAAGCCCACAAGAUGUGGACUUCGGGCAAGACCCCGAAGAUCCAAUGGAGCGUCGUGACUUACAUGGAAACGGUUCUCACCGAGACAGGCGUGCAGUACAGCGGUAACUCCAAGAUGAUGUGGGAGAAGCAAGCGGUGCUCUUCUGGAUGUCCAUCGAAGGAGGAUGCAUGUCGGAAGAGGAUGCAGAGGCCAAGUGGAAGAGCUUGGCCGGCAGGCUUGAUGAUGAGGAUGUCGUCCAUGACAUGAAGGGGCCGGCGAAGAAACCGUUGAGACUAGCAGUGAAGUUUGAAGAUAUCGUAAGUGACUUCAACAAGGUCGCAAAGCAGCGCCGAGUAGAUUUUCAAGAGAAGCAGCAGAAGAAACCCGACGAGGCCACCAUCGAGAAAUACAUGAGAAGGGCUACAAGUAGCCACGAGGAGAUUGGUGGUAGUGCUGCUGCCAGCAUUGCUCAGGUGCUUCCCUCCGGUGAUCGCUUGAGUCAGACCCUGGUUCGAGGAGGACCUGGGUCGGCUUUUGACAAUAUGAGCAUGCAAAUCGGAGACAUCCGGAAUCUACUUCCAGACGUUUCUGAUCAAGAUGAUGCGAAGGCCAAGGCCAAGGAUGAUGCAGCUGAGUCAGAGGUUGACAAGGAGAGCGAGAACGAGGCGGAGCAGCAGAAAGAGCGUUGGUUCGACAAGGACAGGUCUAUCAACAAGGCCCAGAGGGCCUUGCAAUCGCAGGAAGACAAGCUCCUGCAGAUGCACCAGCAGCGCACCAAGGAGCUCCAGAGUUGGUUGGGGUACAUCGGCGGCCUGACGCCCGAAGACAAAGCCCAGUACCAGGGUGAAGAGAAGAUUGGUAAGGUUCGCCUCCAGUUCAUGGAGGGCAUCAGCAAGGAUGAAACCGGCCUCCAGGACCUGAUCCAGCAGUUCAAGAACAAUGCUUCUCCCAUGAAGCCCAAAGCUUCUGGAGCAGCUGAUGCGGCGAGCUCUGCUGCUGGAGUCGCGAGGCUCGGCAAUUCGCCCCCGUGCAAACAGUUCGCAUCACUGGUGACUUUGGCAAACCUAACCAUCUUGAAGGACGAGGUGGUCAACUGCGAAUCUGCCCAAGACAUCGCGGAGCACAAGAAGAAGUACUGCGAGCAGAAGGCCCCCAUCAUGGACCUCCUUGCUUCGGUGCAGGCUGUUAUCAAUGACAUGAAGAAGGUGAAGAAAAUGUUGGACACCCAGGCCCAGAAGAUCGCGGCUGCGAAGGCCAAGCCUGCGGCCAAGGGGACCGCGCCUGUGUAUUCCAUAUUUCAGCUUUCGGAGCUUUGCGAAGCUCUGCCCCCAAAAGGCGGAGACGGAGACGGUGCAUCCAAGUUCCAGGCGAACGAGCCUGGCAUCAUGAACGUCGGAGAGGGUGCAGCAGGGACUUUGUUUGGUGUUGAGGUCAAGCUUGCCCUUUCCCAGCUUUCGAAGCUCAUGAAGGAGGCCUCGGCAGCCAAAGCAGGUUCCCACACCCGUGCAGAAGUGAACUUGGAUGAGGCUGCCAUGAAGGCCAUCGCGGAUCCCCUGAAGAAGCUCCUUCCCGACAACAUGCGGGUCCACACCGGCGGCACGGACGGCAUCCAGACGGGGUCGGACGAGCUUACACAGCUGCUGCACAAGCAUAUGUUGUGCACGGGCUUCGGCAUCGUCAAAAUGCAUGCUACGUUUGGGCAUGAAAGGAGCUUCUUUCCAUGCGUGCGUGUCUCAUUUUCCGGAACCCGGGAGAUCGUGCUCAUGCCCUACCUGCCCCUCGCGAAGCAUGUCCAGAACAAUUCCGCCGCAGGUGACAGCUCGGCCGUGAACGAUUUGUUUGAUCCCAAGGUCAAAACGGCUUGUAUUCAGUUCCUCAAGUUCUGCAACAAAGAGAAGUUUCAGAGCUACUUGUCGAGCGAGGGGGCCCGAGCCUUCCAUGGGACAAUCGGUCCAUCGGACAUGCUUUUCGUCCCUCCGGGCUAUAUUUUUGCGGAACUCACCAAAGAGUUCGUGUUGGGCAUGAAGUGCCCAAUCUUUGUGAUUAACGGUGGUGAUGAUUCCACACAAAAGAUUUUGGAUCAGCUGAAAAGCUGCUCUGUGAAAGACUUGAACAAGUCGGCCGAUGCAUACGCACAGGCUGUGAAGUCCCAGGCUCGCUGA